AAAAGACUACAAGACUCAUACUAUUGCCACUAGGAUGACAAAGGAAUACACCUAGCUACCCCCUUACCUUCUGCCCUAAUUCUCGACUUCCACACCCUCCUAAUUAGGGUUAUGUCGUUACUAAGCUCAAGUAGCAUCAUGUCCCGCUUAAUCACCUCACCCUAAUCACCUGAUAUAGAUCUUCCUUCACCAAAAAUCUUAAGUCUUGAUUCCUCUUGGCGUUUAUGAUGCCACCUAGGACUACCGAUCUACCUGAAAAUGUUGUCAAUGCCAUUCUGAUGCGUUUGCCUUUGCGAGAUGCGAUGAGGACGAGCAUCUUAUCAAAGAAAUGGAGGUAUAACUGGUGCAGACUUCCACAGUUGACACUUGAUGAUAAACUUUGGAAGACGACAGAUAACUUUCCAUCCCCUUCUAUUAAGUUUGCAAGCAUUAUGUACAGCAUUUUGACCCUUCAUUGUGGACCAGUUACUAAGUUUACCCUCUCCAUGUCUGAACUGAAAAAGUAUCCUCAGAUUGGCAGCUUGAUAUAUUUCCUCUCUAGGAACGGCAUUGAACAUCUUGUUCUUCAAUUUUCGGAGUGGAACCGAUACAAAUUGCCUCCAUCAUUUUUCACGUGUUCGCAGUUGAGGCAUUUGACACUCCAAAAUUGUUUAAUAUGUCCUCCACCAGCCUUCAAAGGAUUUGAUAUGUUAAUUAGUCUGGAACUGUGUUAUGUCUCAAUUUCCUCUACGUCACUAGAAAGUUUAAUCUCUUGUAGCCCGUUUCUUGAGAAUUUAGUAUUGAAAAUCUCAGAUACUGUAAACCACAUUCAAAUUAAAGCUCCCAAUUUGAGAUCCUUCGACUUCUCGGGCUUUAUAAAACUUAUUUCCUUAAACAAUGUUCCUCUUCUUGCUAAGCUCUCUCUUUUGUAUGGAGAAUCUUUUGAGGAAUCAGAAAAAUGCGAUCUUGACAAAUUUUUUCAGUCACAUCAUGCUCUUGAGCACCUCCGCUUGGAAUACGGGAGUGUCCAGUUCUUGGUUGCUGAAGUACCAAGAAGGCUUUCCCUUGCUCUUAACCAUCUUAAACGUCUUUGCGUAUUUCUGGAUGGACUAGACGAUCUUUCCUGUGCUCUUUGCUUGCUGCGAAGCUCCCCAUAUUUACAAGAUCUUGAUGUGAAGGUAUCUAUGGAUGAAUCAGAUGAUGAAGCUGAUGACAUUUCUACAAGCUUUUCAGAUGUGACAUUGAAUCAUGUUAGGACGGUUAAAGUUAAAGGAAUAACAGGCACAAAGCUUGAUAUGCAGCUUAUCAAGCUUCUAUUGGCCAAAUCUCCGAUGCUGGUGAGAAUGUUGAUUGAGCCAGACUUUUAUUGGGUAAACAAAGAAAAAGGAGCGGAGAUACUUGCAGAGUUAUCGACAUUUCAGCGGGCAUCACGUAAAGCUGAAAUUGUAUAUCAGCUGGAAAGGGAAUGGAAUUGAGUCAGGAGAAUGCAAUAUUAUAUGGAUGUCUUUUGUCUGGUGGAGAGUAGUAUUUCUAUGACUUGGAUAUGAACCUAAACUUUGGCUGUUUAUUUUCUGUGUUGGUUUGGUUCUCUACUUGCCUCUACCUCGCCAGAUAUGGCUCUAAAUCCUGAUAAAUGGAUUGAAUUUAAGCUGCAAGAUCGAGCACCAGUUAGCCACAAUAGUCAUCUGUUCAGGUUAUUUUUAUCUUAAUAAGAUUGUGGCUUUAAUGCUUUAUUAGUGAUGUUACUCAUUCAUUGAUGACCUCCCUGUGAUAUUCCAUUUUGUAUAGAAGAUUGGGUGUUGUUCGUAGAAGACUAUUUCAUUUUGUAGGUUUCUUACUUUUGUAUACAGGCGUUUUCUUUGCCCAAACAUUAAUAAAAUUAUUUUGUUAUCAAAAAGAAAAUGAUGUCUCUCCCUGUGAACUAAAUCUGGCUUGUUUGGUCAAAAAACUCUGUAGGCAAAUUGAGUUCAUAAUACCACUAUUGCAACUGUGGUCUUACACCAAUUAAAAUAUGAAAAACCAAGCUUUCUAGCCUAUCUGUAUCUAAAGAAGGUGGUUGAAUGUGUGGACUUUAGCUUUUGGGAAGCACUAUUUCCUUUUUAUCCUGCAUCAUAACAUCACCUGAAUCUUGUUAUUGCAUACUGUUUUAGAAGAUUCUAAUAAAAGGUUGGGAAGGUUGGGCAUGUAGAUUAAAGGAAAGAGUCAACUAAUAAGUUUGCUUUUUCAACUAUCUGUUCCUUCUCAAUCUUUUUUCCUUUACUACUCUUUCUUUGGAUUUAGAAAAUGCUAGCUGGCGGGGUGGAAAAAAAACCUUUGGUUUUGUUGCCAUCGGUUGUUUCUGCUAGUACUAAGUAGAUAAUUGUGGACUUCUGUGUAUCGUUUCCACUCACUAUGUUUGCUACUAAAUAUAUCAUGUUGGACUUUCAUGUUAUAACAGGGUAGACUUUACAUUGUAAGGUAGAUAGACUAGCCUCCCGAGCUGGGUUCGUAUAUUUGGUUUUAUGACUGUUGAAAUCCCCUUCAAGUUUUUUUUUUUUUUUUUUUUUGGCAAUCCGCUAGGCAAGCGCCUAGG